CUCUUGUUGCAGUUAACUUUUAUGUGUUGAAGUGCAACAUAAUAAUAGAAAAUUUUGGUCAAACAAGAAUCUUGUCUUCUUUUCAACAUUUUCCAAGAACGGACUUUGUUGUUUUUAUGAGGUCCUCGGGUAUAUUUUCGGCACGUAUUCAAUGACAGUUCGUGCAUAUAUAGACAUUGAUUAUAUUUACAUGCCACUCAUAUGUUUGUAGGAAAGACCAGGAGAGUGAGAGGGAAAUGGAAGUGGUGGAAGAUGUGGUUAUAGUGGGAGCAGGGAUUGCUGGAUUAGCGACUGCGGUAGCACUGACGAGAGUGGGGGUUAAGGCAUUGGUUUUGGAGAGAUCAGAUGGGCUUAGAGCCACAGGUGCAGCCUUGAUCCUUUCCCGUAAUGCUUGGCUUGCCCUUGAUGCCCUUGGUGUUUCUCACAAGCUCAACUUCAUGUAUCCCUUCAUCAAAGAGGCUUACAUAACCAAUUUGGAAAGUGGAGCAAUUCAAGAAAUUUCUGCCGCUAGAAGAGCCAGUGGCAAUGGUGGAACUAGAUCCAGAGCAGUACAUCGUAAAGCCUUACUUGAGACUCUAGCAGGCGAAUUGCCAACUAACUCGAUCCGUUUCUCUUCCAAGCUAACCGAAAUUGAAACAGAGUCACAUUUGAGUUCAUCAAUUGCUGUGGUUCAUUUGGAAGAUAGAACUGUCAUCAAAGCAAAGGUUCUGAUUGGUUGUGACGGGGUACACUCGAUGGUAGCGAGUUCAUUGGGAAUCGCAGCACCUAUCCAUUCGGGUCGUUCAGCAGUUCGUGGAUUGGCUGUGUUUCCUCAAGGUCAUUGCCUGAAAGAUGAAAUGCACCAGUUCAUAGGUACAGGAAGAAGGGCUGGUCUGGUUCCUGUUAAUGACAAAGAGAUUUAUUGGUUCUUUACAUGUGCAUCUCCCGAUAAAGAUCUCUUGUCAGGAGACCCAAGAGUAAUACAACGAGAAGUAAUUGAGAAGUAUGCCAAGGAUUUUCCCGAGCUGUAUCUCGACGUUGUUAAGCACACAGAUCUGUCGACAUUGACAUGGGCUCCAUUAAUGUUUAGAUAUCCAUGGAAUGUUGCAUUUGGGAACUUAAGCAAGCAGAACAUCACAGUGGCUGGCGAUGCAAUGCAUCCCAUGACGCCUGAUUUAGGACAAGGAGGUUGUGCAGCACUUGAAGAUGCUGUGGUCUUGGGAAGGCACAUUGCGACGUCAAUACUGCAGAAUGGAGGACUUGACCAUGCAAAAAUGGUUGAAACAUUAGCAAAUUACAUCGAGGAAAGAAGGUGGCGAGCAACUUGGUUGAUAACAUGGUCUUAUUUAACUGGGUGGGUACAAGAAGGAGGCUCUCUUUGGGGGUUGAAGUUCGUAAGGGAUGCCAUAUUUUAUGGAUUGAUUUUUAAAAAUAUUGGUAGUCUUAUGGAGUAUGAUUGUGGGAAACUGCCUAUUUUUCCUUUUUUGGAAGAAUCAGACUAGAUAAAGUAGAUACUGUCUUUAGAGCGAAUAAGGCUCCCCCAAAUUCUCUCUUGAACUCUUCAAAUAUUUUUCUACAUGUAUAAAUAGUAAAUAUAAUGGAGGGAAUUCUUUGAUGUUUAAAUAUAUGUGGCUUUUUUUGUAGUCUUUAGCACUUAGGUACUUAAUGUUUAUAUUUUUGCAUUUAAAUUUCUAUUUUUUUUUAAAUAAAGGAUACUUC